GGCCCAAAAUUUUGGCAUAAUUUUUAUCAGGGCGGGUCUCCAUACCCAGGAGACUCAAAUCAUAUCAGUAAUCUCAGCCCCUGAUAAAACACGUCCGAGCGGUAUUAACAUUACUCACCUGUGCCUAACAAACUGCGGAUGAGUAACAACCCGGUAUCUUAUCGGUGUGACCACGUUAUCAGAGUGUACCUGACGGGUACACACAACGUUUCGUCUUGAUUCACAUUACAAGAGUUGAGUGUUGCUCACUGGAAAAGAGCAGAAUGAAUCGUUUCGUGGGGAUUGCGUUUCUCUUCGUUCUAGUUGUUUGUGGCUCCCAGGAUGCGUCUACUACGGGGAAGACGACGGAAGGAGUCAAGGAGGCGCCGAGAAUGCCGACGAGCAUCGUCGGGCCCAUUAACAGCACGAGUGUUUGCCAAACGUGUGAUUGCAAAGCCGACGCAAUCAACUGCACAGCUCGUGGAUUAGAUAACAAUUUAGCGGAUGUCGUGUGGCCAGCGAUGAUUCUGAAGUCCAUCACCUUUGAAGGCAACAUGAUAGAUCACCUCAAGACAUUUCCUAACGUCACAAUCGAAAGAUUGAUCUUGAGUAGAAAUAAAAUCACUAAAAUCGAUGAUGCGGUCUUCAUUUGGAUAAAAAAUCUAACUGAGCUCGAUCUCAGUCAUAAUCAUCUCACCUCCACAAUUCUGCGACCGGAGAUAUUCCAGGGACAUUUCUCGCCGAUUGAGUGGGAGCCACUGGAGAAACUCCGAGUAUUGAAUCUUGCACACAAUAAUCUCCACACGCUCAAUCAGGAUCUGUUUGAGCAUAUAACCGAGCUCAAAGAUUUGAACCUCAGUGGUAAUCCUCUAUCCAUGAUUGAUCAUAGCAGUCUCGAUGCUCUCGGCGAUCUCAGUAUUCUCGAGGAAUUGGAUUUGAGUAAUUGUGAACUCCACAAUCUACCAGACACUCUCUUCCAUGUGCCCAAAGACACUCUGAAACGUUUGUACCUGAACGGCAAUCGUUUCUCUGAAGUGCCCCUCGCCCUGCAAGACGCAACAGCCCUCGAAUACUUGAAUAUGAAUGAGAAUCCGAUAAAAAUAUUGGACGGCUCAAAUUCAUUUCCUCACCUUCCGCACUUGAAGGAUCUGAGACUCCGUUCGAUGCGGGAGCUGACGGCUGUGGGAGCUGGCGCAUUGGCUAAACUCGAGUCUCUCGAGUAUCUUUACCUGGACGAUUGCCCGACGCUUAGCCGAAUCGACGAGGAUGCUUUAGUUAAACAUACCAAUCAUGGGGCGAUAUGGCCGCCUCUCAAAGGCCUCGAUAUUUCCGAUAAUGCCCUGGAGUAUAUUCCCGCAACUCUCCUGGGCCGAUGGGAUAAAUUAGAACAAUUAGAUCUCAGCAACAACCAGUGGGGCUGCGACUGCGAUAAUCAGUUUCUCGUGGGUAAUCUCUUACCAAAACUUGGAAAAACUCUCCUCGGCGAUAACGUCAAGACAUUGUACUGCGUCUCACCCCCAGAGCACGUGGGUAAGACACUGAUGUCUCUGUCAAACCGAAAACUUCGGUGUCCAGAUCUGUAUGGGGCACGUCCUGAACGCGAUGCGGCCCUUCUCGUGGGACUAAUGAUUGGAUUACUCUUGGCAAUUCCCAUCGCGAUGACAUUCUUCCUCCUCUGGCGGCGUGGCUACUUCUUCUGCAGCCCCCAACAUCCCGCCAGCUUCUCCAGAGCGUUUUAUAAACGCACAUCUAACGACGAUGAUUUCUAACAAUGCAAUGAUUCAUCUUCAAACAAUUGGCAUUUAUUAAAUUUCAUACAUCUGACGUACCGUCUGCGAUAACAAAAAUGUUUAAAAAAUAUCUAAAAUUUAUAAAGAACGUGUGAAAAUAUAUUAAUGACAUGUUCUAUGGAUUCUUUAAUAUGAAUUAGACUAUUUGAACAUUGUUUUAUAUAUUUUUUAAAUUAUGAAAUAUUUGCAUGAGAUUAGAAACCCAUUUAUUCUCCGAUUCAUCCUUCAUGUCUUUGAGAACAAAAAGCAGUUUAAAUUCUCAUAAAAUAAAAAAUUUUGUGUUUUCAAAAACGUGUCUAUAAUUCCGGUGUUUUAGUUUUUAAAAAAGGACACGUUUUUGGCAUAAAAAGUCUGGGAAAGUGAUAAAAGGUAAUGCGCCAUUUUUUAAAUAAAUAACAGCGAAAACAGUCGAUUUUAAGACAUUAUAUACUAAUGUACAUGAAAAAUAUUAAAGUGUUUUUAGAAUAUAAUUUUGAAAACCGUGAAAACUGUCCAAGGAAUUAAUGAAAAAAUGUAAAUCUUUGGUUGUGGAAAGAAACAAUAUUUUGCAAAAUAUAACAUAUUAAUCUAAAUGAAAAAAUAUCAAAAUAAAAAAUAGACAUAUUUAUAAAUGUACUAUCUAAACUAUUUUAUAAAAUAAAAUUUGAAAAAUCUUGA